AUGCAGGCCAUAAAGUGUGUGGUCGUCGGGGACGGGGCUGUGGAAAAAACAUGCCUUCUGAUCAGCUACACCACCAAUGCUUUUCCUGGGGAGUACAUUCCCACUGUUCCAGCUUCAUUUGAGAACGUCCGUGCGAAGUGGUAUCCAGAGGUCAGACAUCAUUGCCCUAACACUCCCAUAAUUCUCGUUGGGACUAAGCUUGAUCUGAGAGACGACAAGGACACCAUUGGAAAGUUGAAAGAGAAGAAGCUCACUCCCAUCACCUACCCUCAAGGCCUCGCUAUGGCCAAAGAAAUAGGAGCUGUGAAGUACCUGGAGUGCUCAGCCUUAACACAGCGCGGCCUUAAGACGGUGUUCGAUGAAGUCAUCCGUGCGGUCCUGUGCCCGCCUCCUGUGAAGAAAAGAAAGAGGAGGUGUCUUAUCUUGUGA